AGCAGUCAAACUUCUAGGGAUGGGGAUGGCCCUGCCAGCCGGAAGGACAAGGCUAAAUCCAGCUGAGCAUCCUUUGAGUUUCGAGGCUCGAGAGUCGAGACUCGGAAAAUCUCGAGACUCGCAUAUCCGCCCGAGCGAGUGAGCGUUCACAGGGUUCACAGCCACAGCUGAACCUAGCUGAAGCCCAAUGUUGACUGACCCCCCCGCCCAAGGAGUAAAUGACAACACAAACCGGACACAAACAAGCUCUAUUGUAUGUCUAUGAAUGGCCUGGACCAGAACAACAGCCGCAACCCCACUGGAUCUCCGGCACCAGCCUCAAGGAUGGCGUCAAUCGACUGUACCCGGUAGCUAGAUAUGAACUCAUCGAUAUAGAGGGAGGAGGAGGAGGAGGAGGAGGAGGCGCCGCCUAAUUCUGGAUCACGCCCCGGAGCAUGAACCUCAUCUUCAUAUUGGGCUGGGGGAAGAAGCCCCUCUGACAGGUCACCCCACCCACUCACCGAGAGCACGCCCUACGUCGACCGUCACCGUUACAAGCGGUCUCGGUCAGCAGUGGUAGAUCCGUCGACCAUGCGAUGGCCAACGCCGGGCACGUCCUCCGGCCUACCCUCGUCAGGCCUGUCCGCCUCCAUCACCACCUCGUCCAUCCCCUCAGGCGCUGCUUCGCCGGCCCCCAAAGGCCGACAAACUUUAACGGCCAUGACCCCCGGCGACGCCUGGGGCCCGGUGGGUUCGAGUCCUCGCUCAGAAGUGCGCCGGCGAAUGGCCUUGAUGACCCAAUGGAUGAGUGAAUUCACACCCACCGAUCAAUUGACCGCCUUCCAAGCCAUGCAGCCUCAUUUGGGUGUGCCCGUAUACCAUUGGUUAGCCUCGCGGUUGCCACAGCACGACCUGCACGCCUAUUGCCCGCCUGAUUGUCAGGACGUGCUUCGUCUGUUGCCCGAGCACCUCGUCCUGGCCAUCGUGAGCUAUCUCAGCCCGUGCGAUCUGGCUCGCGCCUCCCAAGUGUGCUCUUUUUGGCGGGACACCUUGGCCUCAGCCUGGAUCUGGCGACGCUUAGCCGGUCAGCCGCAAUGGCGUUUGAGCCCGCCUGAGCACGCGGCCCAGCUUGCCCGUCAUCGGGCAAUAAACGCGAGUGAUCCGCUCCCGUGGAAGCAGAUCUUUCGGGAGCGCUUCAAAUUGCGGCGGUGUUGGUUGCUUGGUCAAUGCCAUGUUCGCACCUUCGAGGGUCACACGGGUGGAGUGAGUUGUAUCCAGUUUGAUAGUAGUCGCAUCGUGAGCGGCUCGCACGACAAAACCAUCCGCGUGUGGAAUAUCAAAACCAAUAGCCCCUGGUCCGUGAUGACCCUCACCGGACACUCGGGCGAGGUUCGAUGUUUACAUCUGGAAGGCAAUCGCGUGGCCAGCGGGAGCACGGACCACACCAUCAAAGUAUGGGACUUGGACAUUCAAUCUGCGUGGUCCUCGAUUGCUUGUAAGGUGACUAUGGUCGGCCAUCAAGACACCGUGCGAUGCAUCCAGAUGUCCAAUGCCAAACAGCGCGUCAUCAGCGGCUCAUACGAUGCCACUCUCAAAGUGUGGUGUCUCAAAACGGGUACUUGCUUGAGCACGCUCUCAGGUCACGAAAGCCGUGUGCUGUGUCUGCAUUGGGAGGGUCCCCUAUUGCUCACCGGCUCAUCAGACAAGACGCUCAAGAUGUGGGACCUAGACCGUUUGUGUUGCAUUGGCACCUUAGCCGGCCACAGCGACGGAGUGACCUCCAUUUCAGUCGAAGGCAAUAAAAUUGUCUCGGGAUCUCUCGAUCGGACAAUCAAGGUGUGGAACCUGGCCACCAGGAAAUGUCUCUCUACCCUAGAUUGGAUGUCCUCGGAAGGUCAUACAGGUGUGAUAAGAUGUCUGCAAGCGGAUUCGUGGCGAAUAGUUUCAGCAUCGGACGAUAAAACGCUCAAGGUGUGGAACUUGGAGUCCCGGGAACGUCUUGUUACGCUCAAAUCCCAUACAGAUGGGGUGACCUGCCUCCGCUUCAACGAUUUUGUCAUUGUCUCGGGUAGUUACGAUAAAACUGUCAAACUAUGGGAUUUCACUGUCUGUUAAUUUCAAGUUAUUUAAUUCGUCUCCCUGCCUUGUUUGAAGUAUGACAUGUCUAAUAUUUGCUCUGUUUCUGGUUACUAUACAGUUGAUAAUAGUACGUACAUAGAUCAUUAUUUGUUUUUAACAACCAGAAAACGAGUCUCAAGUAUUCAUUCCAAAAAGAUAAGCUGUAAAUCAUUCAUCAAUCCAAAGCCAAAAUAUACCUACGUAGACCAUCAAGUCCUUUGAA